AAAAUGUUCCGCCCCACCCAGAAUGACUACCGCGCAUACUUUAACUGGAAUACCGAUAUUACUCCUCUUGAAACCACCGGUGCGUCGAUGCCUCGCCACAAGUUCACUUUCACUGAGUUUGAGGACCUUGCAGCUGCUACCGCCAAUACUUACCUUACUGAUGUUGUAGGCGUGUUAACCAUCCACACAAACUUGCAGCAGCUUAAGCGAACUUCUGGCAACGCAUGUUUCAUGCGUGAACUAACACUGGAAAACAUAAGCGGUGUGAAGCUUAAGGUCACACUAUGGGGUGAGUCCACUUCUGAGCUUACCGGGAACCUGUAAGGAUAUGUGUUUAUUGUGCUCGCUGGUGUUCAUCUGGUGAGACCUAGAUAUGCCGUGCAGUUUUUUUUCCAAUUCUUGGAUAUAUGUCAAUAUGAAUACAUUUGAAAUGAACUGAGAAACAUUACUUUAAAUCCUAAUGGGGUGGACCAGCUAGAAGGGAACUUUAGUCCUGGCGUAUUAUAAAAAGGGAUGGUGCUGGAUCAAGUUAAAGAAAUGGCAGUGGUGUCGUUUAACAAUUUGGUUUGGAGCAAGUGGUUACAUAUUGAAGGUUCUUGUAUAGCAUAGUCAAUUUUUCAUAAUGUUUUGCCUCCAAGAGUGACGUUUCAGCGUAUUAGGGAGUCCAAGUACUGUUUUAUGUAUGAUUGUUGUGUUCAACGGAAGUGGAAGAUACAAGUGUCAUGCUGAUACAUUAUGAGCUUGCUUUAACUGUUUGAAAUUUCUUCAUUUUAUCCUUGGGAUUAAGCUGGGUGCUGUCAAGGGGUGUUCAAACUCAAUCUGAAGUUUGAGCUAUAAUAAGCUACAAGGCAUAGAACUAUUGGUGCGAAGGUUCUGUGUGCAGUAGUUUGGGAGAUAUGGAAGAAGGCAGUGCUAGAUUGUAUGUGAAGCAAGCAAAAAUAUUAUCUAAUAUUGUCAGUAACAGUCUCAUUCUCCAGGGUUCUAAUGAUAUCUCAUUCAGGGGAUACUCUAUUUCACAAUUUAUUUUCAAUUGGGACUUGGGGGGAGACUGAAAUGACGAGCACCGUUGUUCGUCCUUGAUAAAUAUUUUUGUUCUUUAAUAAAUUUAUUGGAAGUUCGGUUCACUGAUU